AUGAAUUAUGACAAACAUGAGUUUGUUUCAGCAAUUAAAAAGUUUAUUAACGUUGAGGAAAUUCAAAAUAUUCUUAUACCUUAUCUUAAGAGCUUAUCAAUUGAUAUUUUGGUUAGAUUAGAACCUCAGGAUCCUUUAAAAGUUUUAGAUCCUGAAACCUAUAGUAUUGGAUACCUUUAUAUUCUACUUGCAAGAGUACAAAUAUCAAAAUUAGAAUCAAUAUGGGAGGAUUGUGUCACAUUUUUAAAUGUUUUUAAUAUUUCUUUAGUAUCUACUUUAACUCCUGAUGAAUUUAAGAAGAUUUUGAAAUGGAUUUGCGAUAAUGCAAAUACUAUUGAUGAGUCAUUUCUUGUUAUAGACGUUUUGAAAUCAACGCUUGAAAGAUAUCCAGAUUUUGCAAUUUCAUUAACACCUGUUCGUACUAUUUUUGUCAAACAAUGUUUUAUUACAAAAGCAUAUGAAAAAGCUCGGUUUAUUUUGGAUAUAGAUGUAGAGAUUUUUGAUAAGAAUAAUGGAAUUACUUAUAUUGAUCAUUUGUUAUAUCAUUUUUACGGUGCACUUUUAUAUAUCAAAUUAAAACUUUUUGACAGGGCAUUACAGUUUCUAAGGAUUAUUAUAUCUGCACCUACACGUAAUACAUCAGUUAUUCAGGUUAAUGCAUAUAAAAAAUUUGUUAUAUUAAGUCUUAUUGUAAAUGGAAAAAUGGAACCAAUUCCUUAUAUUACUGAUUCUAUUGCUACAAAAACAUAUAAAGUUUUCGGAAAAGUAUAUAAUGAAUUUUCUCAAGCUUAUGAACGUCAAGAUCAUCAAGAAAUAAAGGAUAUAUAUCUUAAGUAUAGAUCUGUUUUUAUUGAGGAUAAAAAUAAUAAGCUUAUAAAGUAUGCAAUUAAUUCACUUUCCUACCAUGAAAUAUAUAGAUUUAAAGAAAUUUACACAUCUAUUUCUAUUAUUGAUAUUAAUAGAAAAAUUGGUCCUUGGGAUGAUAUUCUUUUAGAUUCACAAGAUUCUUACAAUUUGACUGAAAAAUUUAUUUCAAAUAUGAUUCAAAAUGGAAAAUUAAAUGCUAUUAUUACUGAUUACAACUCACAGAGAGUUGUUAAUUUUAUUAAUACAGUUUAUGAUAAACAAAUUCAAAAAGAAACUUUACUCAAACAAGCAAAAGACAUAUCGAUAUUAAUAACUAAACUAUCUAAUUUAAAUUGUUCAUCUGAUCUUAAUGAUAUGUAUUUGGCCGUUCAAUCUUCUCUUUCAAGUCAACAUACAUUUUACAAUAAUCAAAUAAAUUCUCUUGAUGAUUUUCCCAAUAUUCCCGAUAAUUUUUAA